AUGAAGAAAGGUAGCGAGAUGAAGAAGAAGGGGGGACAAACUGUAUUGUCAGAAGAGGAAGAAAAAAUUAUUGUUGACAGACUAAAAACAGUCGGUGAAUGGGGUUACCCGAUUGAUUCGAUCACUCUACGGCUGUUGGUGAAAGAAUAUCUCGAUAGGCGUGGAAAGACAGUGAUCAAGUUUAAAGACAAUCUUCCAGGAAAAGAUUUUGUGUAUUCGUUUCUACAACGCUACAAAGCUCAAUUAUCUUUCCGAAUGUGCCAAAACAUCAAACGGUCUAGGGCAGCCGUAACACCUGAACUCAUCAAUGAGUAUUUUGAUAACUUGGAAGUCGAGUUAAAGGAUGUCCCUAAAUCACACAUUGUUAACUACGAUGAAACUAACCUGUGUGACGACCCUGGCCGAACAAAAGUAAUAACAAGGAGGGGCUGCAAAUAUCCUGAAAGAGUAAUGAACUCGACCAAAGCGUCAACUUCUGUGAUGUUUGCUGCGUCAGGUGAUGGAACCAUAUUACCACCAUAUGUGGUAUAUAAAGCUCAGCAUCUUUACGACAGCUGGAGGGAAGGAGGUCCAGCCAACUCCCGGUAUAAUCGUACUAAAAGUGGAUGGUUCGAUUCCUUCUGUUUUUCAGAUUGGGUUGAAACUGUGGCCUUACCUUACUUUAGACGGUUUGAUGGUGUGAAGUAUCUCAUUGGGGACAACUUGUCCAGCCACCUGUCACUAGACGUUAUAAAAAAAUGCAACGAGAGCAAAGUUAAGUUUAUCUUUCUACCGAGCAACUCAACUCACAUAACCCAACCACUAGACGUCGCAUUUUUUCGACCGCUUAAGAUAUCAUGGCGCGCUAUCCUCAAAGAUUGGAAAAAUGGGCCAGGUAGGUACGAGGCUACUGUCCCGAAAGAUAAGUUCCCCAGCCUCUUAAAAAAAGUUUUUGAGACUUGCAAACCUGAUAACAUUAUAUCAGGUUUCAAAAAGUGUGGAAUAAUCCCUAUAAACCGCAAACCAGUGUUGGCAAUGCUUCCAGGUUAUGGCGUUUCCGAUAGCGCUGCCGUGAGUUCAGCCCAGUCGUCGGCUGCCGAUACACCUGGUACUGUAUGUGAAACACCUAUUGAAGCAAUUGAUUCUUGUUUCAAAGAGCUUUUGCAACAAUUGAGGCAAGGUGACUCCCCAAAACCGAGGAAGAAAAGAGUGAAGGUUUCGGUAGCAGCUGGGAAGAGUGUCGGCGUCCAAGAUUUUGUUGAGAUGUCUGAAGAUAAUCCCGAAAUAGUUGACCAAGCUGGGACUAGUACCGGUACCAGUACCGGAGUUAGGAAGGCAGGCACCAAGAUUACAAAAAAAAACAAAAAAGAAGGCAACCCAACCAUCAUCGUCUGA